AAAUUACUCCCAAGUCCUAAGGGCUAAGAAGAAAACAAUUUCAGAGUCCCCUGCCCCUCUCUUUCUCUUCCCCAACGCUCGCAUGGAUUUUGUAGCAUAUCUGGAAGAAUCCCAGUUAUCCCAAAUUUCAUAAACCCUAGAUUCAUAAAAUCCCGGAAUCAGAGAAGAACGAAGGAGCGAGCUCCCAAUUUUAAUCGUUCCGAUCCAGACACGGCCGAUUGUCUGAAAGAAAGAAGACAACUUUUUUCCAACUUCUCCUGCUCCUGCCCGUUUUGCAUUUGGGUUUUUGGUGAUUCGGAGUUCUAUGCCGACUAUGCAUAGAUCUGGAGCUGCCAUGGCCUGGAAUGUCUUCAAAUUCUGUACUGCCUUGCGAGGUCUGGGUUCAAUAAUGAUCUUGUUGGUUCUCGGUGUUGUCGGUGUCACUUACUAUGCUGUCGUUUUGACCAAUUACGGACCGGCUUUGUACGAUGGUGGCCUCGACUCCCUUAUCGCUCUCUUUGUCUUGAUCCUAUUCCAUUGCUUGCUGAUCAUGCUGUUGUGGAGUUACUUUUCUGUUGUGUUAACUGAUCCUGGUAGUGUACCUCCGAAUUGGAGGCCUUCUACUGAUGAGGAAAGAGGAGAAGCUGAUCCAUUGAACGGUCAAGAGUUUAAUAGUGUGCAGACAGACCUACCUAAGCCUAGAGUACGGUACUGCAGGAAGUGCAACCAGCUGAAACCUCCUCGUUGCCACCAUUGUUCUGUUUGUGGAAGGUGUGUUUUGAAGAUGGAUCAUCACUGUGUUUGGGUUGUAAAUUGUGUUGGCGCAUUAAAUUACAAGUACUUCCUUUUGUUUUUGGUCUACACAUUUCUGGAAACAAGCCUAGUGACUGUGUCUUUGCUACCACAUUUCAUUGCAUUCUUCAGCGAUGGAGAAAUCCCUGGCACACCAGGCACUCUUGCGACCACAUUUCUUGCUUUUGGUAGAUUUACUCAGGCCUGUUUUCCCAACCAUAUGCAAUUGUGAGGUAUAUGUUAAAUUAUUGAUGUGCUUCUCUUGGCAGUUCUAAAUCUGGCUUUUGCACUUAGUGUGAUGGGAUUCCUAAUCAUGCAUUUAUCUUUGGUGGCCGCUAAUACCACGACAAUUGAGGCAUACGAGAAAAAAACCACACCGAAGUGGCGCUAUGAUCUGGGACGAAGGAGAAACUUCGAACAGGUUCUUGGCACAGAUAAAUGGUACUGGUUCAUCCCAGCCUACUCGGAUGAGGAUUUAAGACGAAUGCCUGCACUUCAAGGGCUCGAAUACCCAUCAAAGCCAGAUUUCGAUUCGGAGGAGUUCUAGGAACCAGCCUGCUCUUCUUCUUCUAUAUCCUUGGAUAUCAGGAUCAUGUUUUUCUUUUUGUAACAACAGAUAUGGAGCCCCACCAAGUGUUCCUAACCAGUGAACCACACAGGCAACAGCUCUAUCCUAACCAUUGUCCCAUGGGUAUCCUCCUGUAGAAACAACACGAAGAGAGGGAGAGAGCGAGAGCGAGAGCGAGAGAGCAUUGUAGCACUUGUAAAGCUGACACGCAGAGCAACACACGACAAGUAGCGGCUGUUGACGGGGAGUGUAAGCUAAAGAGGAAUGCAAAAUUGUCGAAACGGGGCUGAUUUUGCUGAUACGCUGAUGUAGAAUGAAUGUGUUGUACCAUUCCUGGAAAGAAGUAUACAAGUUUGUUUGUGGCCCUUUUUCUUGUGUGAAUAUUACAUCUACUAGCUUCUGAUCUUUCUUAUUCAUUUUGACAUCUAGCCUCUCAACUCUCAAAUCAGGGUCAACAAAAUAGCGGUACGCAGGUGUGUUUAGCGAUUUCCGGCAAGAGUAACGUAC